CUAUCCCUUAAGUUCAAGGGAAAUUAGCCCUGACAAACACAGGUGCUGGCUCACCAUGCAGGGCCUUGGGCAAUAUAAAGACUGAGGGAGAUCGGGUGUGGAACACACGGCUCCCAGUGGCAGAAGCUACAACAUUAGGAAAAUCUAGUCGGCAGUUAUGGAUUCAUCUGACAUUCAAAGGAAAAAAAUAGCUGUCAUUGGUGGUGGCUUGGUUGGAUCAUUAAAUGCAUGCUUCCUUGCAAAGAGGAAUUUUCAAGUUGAUGUAUAUGAAGCUAGGGAAGAUAUCCGACUGGCUGAAUUUGCACGUGGAAGAAGCAUUAACUUGGCCCUUUCCUACAGAGGACGACAAGCCUUGAAAGCCAUCGGCUUAGAAGAUCAGAUUAUAUCCCGAGGCAUCCCCAUGAGAGCAAGAAUGCUUCACUCUCUUUCUGGAAAAAAGUCAGCCAUCCCCUAUGGGACAAAGUCGCAGUAUAUUCUUUCUAUAAGCAGAGAAAAUCUAAACAAGGAUCUGUUGACUGCUGUUGAGAAAUACCCCAAUGCAAAGGUGCACUUUGGUCACCGGCUGUUGAAAUGUAAUCCCGAGGAAGGAAUGCUCACAGUGCUUGGAUCUGACAAAGUUCCCAAAGAUGUCACUUGUGACCUCAUUGUAGGAUGUGAUGGAGCCUAUUCAACUGUCAGAACUCACCUCAUGAAGAAACCCCGCUUUGAUUACAGCCAGCAAUACAUUCCUCAUGGGUACAUGGAAUUGACCAUUCCACCUAAGGAUGGGGAUUAUGCCAUGGAACCUAAUUAUCUGCAUAUUUGGCCUAGAAAUACCUUUAUGAUGAUUGCACUUCCUAACACGAACAAAUCUUUCACGUGCACUUUGUUCAUGCCCUUUGAAGAGUUUGAAAAGCUUCUAACUAGCAGUGACGUGCUGGCUUUCUUCCAGAAGUACUUUCCAGAUUCCAUCCCUCUGAUUGGAGAGCAAGCCCUGGCACAAGAUUUCUUUCUGUUGCCCGCCCAGCCCAUGAUAUCUGUAAAAUGCUCUUCUUUUCACUUGAAAUCUCACUGUGUGCUGAUGGGAGAUGCGGCUCACGCCAUAGUGCCCUUUUUUGGGCAGGGAAUGAAUGCGGGCUUUGAAGACUGCUUGGUAUUUGAUGAGUUAAUGGAUAAAUUCAAUAAUGACCUUAGUAUGUGUCUUCCUGAAUUCUCAAGAAUUAGAAUUCCAGAUGACCAUGCAAUUUCAGACCUAUCCAUGUACAAUUACAUAGAGAUGCGAGCACAUGUCAACUCAAGGUGGUUCAUCUUCCGAAAGAACAUCGAGAGACUUCUUCACACCAUUAUGCCAUCCACCUUUAUCCCUCUCUAUACCAUGGUCACCUUUUCCAGAAUAAGAUACCAUGAGGCAGUGCUGCGCUGGCAUUGGCAAAGAAAGGUUGUAAACAAAGGACUCUUUUUCUUUGGAACACUGAUAGCCAUCGGCAGUACCUACCUACUUAUGCGCUCUGUGUCACGCCUGGGCUACUUGAGAAGACCAUGGGACUGGGUCACUUACUUCCAAAAUGAAGGACUGCAAACCCUACAGAGUCACUAGCAGAUGAUAUAAAAGUCUUGAAGUAGCAAAUACUUGAUUUAUCUGUA